CUCUUUUCUCUCUUUAUUCUUUUUUCUUUCUUUAUAAUAAUAUAAUGACUGAAGUAAAGGCACAAUCAAGCCGAAUGGAAUUCCUGUUUCAAGCAAGUCAUGCAGUGUUUGCACAAUGCCCGGCAUUAUCUCGAUUUUACAUGAGCGAGUUUCAACAGUGUUUACGACAACAAGAUCUUGUGCCGGCCAAAUCCAUUACCCGUGCAUGUUGUCCACGAUGCGGUCAGAUCUAUGUUCCCGGAUACAACACUGCAGUGAAGCUGGAAAAGACGGCCUCUUCCAGUGAUACAAAGCACAAAAAGGAUAAGAAACAAAAGAGCAGCAAUGCCAACAGCAACAGCACCAAGAAGCGCAAAAAUCAGCUGAUAUAUCAAUGCAAUGCUUGCACGCAUAAAAAAAGGUUUCAAGGAUCAGCUCCGGGGAUCCCCAAGGCUGAUCUAUCAUCCUUGGCUGCGCCAUCAUCGGGUACCAAGGCAGCGACAACGACAACAAUGAAAACGACGCUAGCAGCAAAAGCUUCUUCUUCUUCUUCUUCUUCUUCUUUAUCACCACCCUCUCCCUCUUCAAAACCAUCUCAGCAACCGCCACAACCACAACAACAACAACAACAACUGCACCGACAACAACAGCCAGCUGGCAUCGACAAGAAAAAGAAAAAGAACAAAAACAACAAAAAGAACCAGCUGCAGGCAAUGAUUGCAAACCGGCAACAGUCAAAGGAGGCCGAAAAGAAAGGUGGAGGUUUGGGUGACUUUUUAUCUUCGUUAUAGAAAAAGGAGAGGAGAGAGAAAAAAACAAUAUGAAUGUAAAUAAGAUAAUAGCAAUAUACGUCAUUAUAUUUUUGGGAUGAUCUUGAAGUGUGUUAUUACAUGGAAACUGUACAGCUUUUUUCUUUUCAAUGGGAAGGGUCGUUGUCUUGUGAGUGAUC